GACUUGGUGACCCGGAGCUUCGGCGAGGAGUCUCCAGGCCCUGCGGCAGGUGCCCUCGAGGCCAUUCUCUGGGGCUUCGUGCCCCAGAGCUUUUCCCUGGCAUCUCCGAUCCCUGCAGCAGGUGCCCUCGAGGCCCGACUGUAGGAUGGCGGAGAGACGCUUCAGUGUGACCAGGCUGCUGAGGAGGAAGAAAAAGAAGGAAGACCCUGGGCCUGCCCCAGCACAGCAGCCUGAGGAGGUGGAGCAGUUCCAGCCCCUGCAGGAGGGCCGGGACCGGACACAGGAGCAGGACCUCGCCCGUGGCCGCUUCCACAGAGCUGAUCAGAGGGUGCGGAAAUCCAAGCCUGUUGGGUGUAGAAAGGCCAGUGCCUCACCAACGAAGGUGAUGGCACAGCCUGACCCUGACCCAACUGUGCUCAAGGCCAAGGCUGACCCCCGAGGGACUGAGGGCGUCGCAGACACUGACACAACAUCCGCUCAGUGCCUGUCCGAUGAUCCCAGUGUGGAAUUUCUUGCUGAGGGACUCAUCUCUGCUCAAGUCGCCAUAAAGCCAGAGAGAGGCAUGGAGCGGAGACCCCCCAGGGUGCCCAAGCUGGCGUGGGUGAAGAAGGAGGAGGAAAGCUCUGGAGUACCCCCGGCACAGCACCCUGAGGAGGUGGAGCAGUUCCAGCCCCUGCAGGAGGAUCCAGGAUGGGACCGGACACAGGAGCAGGACCGUGCCCGUGGCCGCUUCCGCAGAGCUGAUCAGAGGGUGCGGAAAGCCAAGCCCGUUCGGCGUAGAAAGGCCAGGACCUCACCAUCCAAGGCCAUGGCACAGCCUGAGCCCAUCCCAACCGAGCUCAAGGCCAAGGCUGGCAGUCCAACAACUGAGGGCAUCGCAGACACUGACAGGACACCCAUUCAGAACCUGCCCGAUGCUCCCAGUUUGGCCUUUCUUGAUGAGGGAGUUGUCUCUGCUCAAGUGCCAGCUGUGGUGAGGUCCAUCCACUGGUGGCUGACUGCCAAUGUGUCUGCUGGGCACGUGCUGGAUAACACCCUUCUAGCACUGACCCAGGCACACCCCGCGGAUGUCGCCAUCAGCCUCCUGCGCUGUGCCCCCUCAUGUGACAGAGCUGCUGCAGUCAUGUGGAGGACCAUCGCCUCGUCGGGAACGACCCUGGAGAAGGUGCUGCCAACGCUGCUCUCUGUGAUGGAGGACUGGCCAUGGCACAGCACCUGCACCUCCGAUGGGGACACCACCGCUGUCUUUGCCCUGGCUGCAACUCUGGCACUGUGGACGAUUGUCCAGGAGCCCCAGUGCCCAGGGCCAUUGAUGGAGCAUUCCCCCCAUCUCCUCGUGGCUCUGCUCUUCCAAGUUUUCAUCACCACAGAGCAGAUAUCCGAGGAGGUCGACAGCUUCUGGAGGGGAUGCCGGGAGGAACACGACCUUCCCACUGACCCCAACAGAUUUGCAGUGCUGAGCAUGAAGGCCCUGCUCUGCUGCCUGCACUGUGAGGAUGUGGUGCGUUCAGUGGACCACAAUCGUGGCUGGGCGAGGCUCCUCAACGCUCGCAGCCGCCGCUACGCAGUGGCUCUGCUGGCCAGGGAGAUGCGCCGUGUUUCCAGCCCCUUGUGUUCCCGCAUCACACUCCACCUGCUGGAGCUGCUGAGCAGGGAGGAGCUGUGCUGGGACCUCCCUGCUAUGGCAUUCCUUGUGGAGGUCCUGGACUGCCUGGACACCAGAGAAUGCGGUGACAGAGUCCUGGAGAUCCUCUCAAGGAACCUGGGGAGCAGGGACAAAAAGUGGCGUCAGCUGGGGCUCAGAGUCCUCAUAGCGCUCAGCCAGGAUCCCGUGAUGGACAAGAGCAUCUGGAGCCUGUCGGACAGCCUGGUGCAGCUCCUGGGGGAUGAGGACAGAGAUACGGUUUGGAUGACCCUCUCUGUGCUCGACAAUGUGCUCUGGAGCCGUGUGUGGACACAGCUGCAGAAGAGGGUCCACAGCAAAGACCCUCUAAUACCCACCCCCACCGGCCUGCAGUUGGCUGAGGCGCUCCGGCCACUCUUUGACCACGACGACAGCAGUGUGCGGGAGGGCUCCAUGGUCAUCUUCACACGUGUGAUGACACUCAUAGAGAGAGCGGGAGAGAGACCCCUGAAGCCACACGUGUGCCUGAGCCUGCUCCCGCUCUACUUCCACCGGCACGAUGAGAACCCGGUCGUGAAAAAGGCCUCUCGGAAAGCACUGUUGGCUGUGACCAGGUUCCUGAAGAGGAGGGAUCUUGGGCGCCUGGUCAACACAGAGGAGCCAUGGAGUUUCGGCGAGUGCCUGCUGAAAAAGGACCGGAGCAGAGUGGCCAAGUACGUGCACCAGGCCCUGCCGUACCUGUGGAGCCCACAGCAGCCCCUGCGAGAGGCGGCCGUCAAGUUCAUGGGGAUCGCCGGCAGGUACCUGCGGGGACAGUACCAAGAGCUGCAGCUCAUCAUCGAUGCCCUUCAGGCCAUGACAGAUGACAGCAGUCCCACUGUCUCCAAGCUGGCACUUGAAAUCAUCUCCUUUGUUGGAGCUGUACAGAGAGCUCCCUACCCCAGGUUCCAGCAGCUCCAAGACCAGCUCUGCAGGGCAUGGAGUACCCGGCCUUCUGUGUGGGGCUGUGUGUGCCUGUGCUGCGGUAGCUGUGUGGAGAGCUGAUGCAGGCAGCUCUGUCUGUUGGGGCCACCUGAGCCUGUGGGGAAGACGCCUCUUCUCCGCAAGCCCUUCCUAUAUUCCUAGCAUAGGAAUAUUAAAUAAAUCUUAUCAUCCACAGAGGCCCAGGAGCUUUUUUUGGGUGCCGGCCAGGGGCAGGGGCACAGGCAGGGCCGUGGGCCAGCCCGGGCCUCCAUGGCUGCCCAGCCCAUGGGGCUGUGUCCCAGAGCCCGCUGAGCUGGAGCUCUGGGCCUGCAGAGGUGCUACCAGCACGGGGAGGGCCUGGGGGGGCACCUUGGGCACCUCGGGCAGUCACUGCCACCCAAGCCACAGACAAGAGCAGCAGGCUGUGCACAGGAGCAGCAGCAGCCACAACGCCUGGGCCUCCUCAGCCAGGCACCCACAGGUGGCAGGCACAUGGAAGGAAGAAAAACAGUUUCAAAGAUGACCAGAGCAGUUGAAAGAAACCUCAGAGAGACAGUGACGGCAGAACACCUGCCAGCAACUGAAACAUUGUGAUGCUGCACAUAGAAAGACAGUUAGACCAGGAAGGCAGUUUUAAUAUUGUUAGUGCCUGUGUUAAAAUGGUUGUACCCUGUUUUUUUCAAGUUUUAUUGUAUUUUUCCCCUCAUGUUUAAUCCCCAUUUUCCUAUUGGUCCAAGUUUGCUGCAUUGCAGCUGUUUCCCUCAUUGGGCCUUGCUCAUCCCAUGCUCUCUCCUUCCUUCCCCAGUUGGUUAUCACCCCUGUCAGUCCCAUGCUCCUCCCUGUUUUCCAGAACCUUCCUUACCUACCCUAUAAAUAGAGCUACCCCCCCAAUAAAUUGUGAUGGCUCUGAGCUAAUCACCACUCUGCUGGAA